GGCGUGCUGACGUUGCACGCGUGCGCUUCCUCGCCACGUCCCUUCCUCCUCUGCUGCCGUCCCUCGCGCGUUGGAUUCAGCGCCGGAGGAAGAAGUCGCCGUCAGUGAGAAGCGGGCCGCCGUCCCGGGCCCCCCACGGCCAGCCCGAGGUCCGAAUGGCUGCCAAUGUGGGUGACCAGCGCAGUGCCGAGUGGGCGGCGCAGUACAGCCUGGGGAGCGGGCCGGUCCGGGACAGCGGCAUGGACGCGCCCAUGCACGAGAACCCCGAGUGGGAGAAGGCUCGCCAGGCCCUGGCCAGCAUCAGCAAGGCCAGCGCCACGGGCAGCUCGGCCAAGAACAGCAGCAAUGGCCAGGUGGCCGCCGCCCAGUAUGUGGCUCAGGCCGACGCCGCCGCGCUCCAGCAGCAGCAGUAUUACCAGUGGUACCAGCAGUACAACUACGCCUACCCCUACAAUUACUAUUACCCUAUGAACAUGUACCAAAGCUAUGGCUCCCCAGGCCAGUACAGCCUGACCACCAGCUAUGCGACAGCCGCACCGCAGCAGGCAGCGACCCCUGGGCAGCACCAGGGAGCCCUCACCCAGCCUCCAGUUCCUGGCAUGGAAGAAACGAUGUCCUACCCGACCCCUCCUCAGCAGUUACCAGCAGCCCAGCCCCCUCAGCCACCCCCACCUCCCCAACACACCGGACACACAUUAGGGAGUGGGGCUCAGCCUGGGGCCUCCUCAGCUCAGCAUGGGCAAGCUAGCCCAGUCACCAAUCAGGCCUAUGGGCAGCACAGUUACUCAGAGCCUCCCAAGCCCAAGAAAGGACAGCAGCUGUGGAACCGUAUGAAACAAGCCCCAGGGGCCGGCAGUGUCAAGUUCAACAUCCAGAAGCGGCCCUUUGUGGUCACCAGCCAGAACUUCAGCACUAACUCUGAGGGACAACACGGCAGCUUUGGGACCCAGUCCAGUACGGAGAAACCACAGAGCCACAGCAUGCCCCCAAACCGGAACUUAUCGGGCAAGCCCGAGGACUGGCCCCAAGACAUGAAAGAGUAUGUCCAGCGCUGCUUCACCGCCUGUGAGUCUGAAGAGGACAAGGACCGGACAGAGAAGCUUCUCAAAGAGGUCCUACAAGCCCGGCUUCAGGACGGCUCAGCCUACACCAUCGACUGGAGCCGAGAGCCACUGCCGGGGCUGAGCCGGGACACUAUGACAGAGAGCCCCAAGAAGAAGCGGUGGGAAGCCUCCUCCAUCCUUCACCCUGCCCGGGGAAUUGGGGGCACACCUCGGGGCGGUGGGACUCAGCCCCAGCGGGGGGCAGGGGGCACUGGGAGUGCUGGCCGGGGGCGUGGCAGCAGCUUCGCCACCAAGUUUGGAAAUCGGAAUGUGUUCAUGAAGGAUAACAGCUCCUCCUCAAGCACAGACUCACGAUCCCGCUCUUCCUCCCGCUCGCCUUCCCGCCAUUUCCGACGAAGUGACUCGCACUCAGACUCAGACAGCUCCUACUCAGGCAAUGAAUGUCACCCAGGGGGCCGAAGAAACCCACCCCCCAAAGGCCGGGGUGGCCGGGGAGCUCACAUGGACCGGGGCCGAGGGCGUAUGCAGCGUGGGAAAAGGCACGACCUCAUCCCCGCCAAGCGCAGCCGCAAAAAGCCACCAGCAGUCAUGGAAUGUGAGGACCCAGAACGGGAAUUGAAGAAGCAGAAACGGGCUGCUCGCUUCCAGCAUGGGCAUUCUCGGCGCCUGCGACUGGAGCCUUUGGUGCUACAGAUGGGCAGCUUGGAUGGCGGGAGCACUGACCCUGACUGGAAUGAGCUUAAGAUUGUGGGAACCUGCCCAGACAUCACCAAACACUACCUCCGGCUUACCUGUGCACCAGACCCCUCCACCGUGAGGCCUGUGGCUGUUUUGAAGAAGUCGCUGUCCAUGGUGAAGUCUCACUGGAAGGAGAAGCAGGACUAUGCUUUUGCCUGUGAACAGAUGAAGUCCAUACGCCAGGACCUGACUGUACAAGGCGUACGGACAGAGUUUACUGUGGAGGUGUAUGAAACACACGCGCGAAUUGCCCUGGAGAAGGGUGACCACGAAGAGUUUAACCAAUGCCAGACGCAGCUGAAGUCACUGUAUGCGGAGAACCUGCCAGGCAAUGUCGGAGAGUUCACUGCUUAUCGCAUCCUCUACUACAUCUUUACCAAGAACUCUGGGGACAUCACCACAGAACUGGCCUACUUGACUCGAGAGCUGAAAGCAGACCCCUGUGUGGCCCAUGCCCUGGCACUGAGGGCAGCCUGGGCUCUGGGCAACUACCACCGCUUCUUCCAGUUGUACCGGAAUGCACCCUGCAUGUCAGGCUACCUUGUGGACAAGUUUGCCGAUAGGGAACGGAAGGCUGCUCUCAAGGCCAUGAUCAAAACGUAUGUGAGGGCCGCCCAGUCCCCCCACAUCCUCAUUCCUGUGACCGCCCCCUCCCAUCUGCCCGCUCUUCAUCUCUCCUCCCUCCGCCCCCAUCUGUGGCUCCCUCCCUCUUCACUGGCUGGCCGCCCCAUUCCUCUCCCUAUCGCAUUCUCCCUUCUCUCAUCUCUGUCCUGUCUUAUUUUUUGUCUUGGCUCAUCCUUCAUCCUUCCUACCAGCUCCUUUGGCAUCUCCUACUUCUAUCCUUUUGUCUCUUCCUUUUAGCGCCCUGCUCUUUCCUCCUGUUCCUUCCUAAUUCUCCAUUCAUGUGUCUGUUAUACACGAUUUCUGAGUCAGUUUGGAAGCAUCAUUAAGCAGCCGCUGGGCUCUCACAGAUAAGGCCCAGGAUCUGGUUGGGGGUGUUGUCCCCCAGCCUGAGGGGCUCUUGGGAGAGACUCUCAGAACUUGAGAAAGAAGGUCCUCAUGAACCACCUAGCCCAACCCAGAGCUCAAAGGAAUCCCCUUCAUGAUGUCCCUGAAAUUUGGUGAUGCUGCGAGAGUGCUGCUGAGAGUGGCGGGUUUUUCCUUCCCGUUUGCCUCAGGUGGCCUCUUGGCAGCCAUUGCUGCCCAUUGCUUGUAGGCCUCCCUCCUGGGGCGGGGCAGAGCAGAGCAAACUAACCCCUCUUUCCUGGGACGAGCCUUGGAGUACUUGGCAGCUAGCUCUGACGCCCCACUGAGACGUCUAUAUUUCAGGGCAGACGCCCCUGGUUUGGCUAGUUAGUCCUCAAGGGUCCCCCACCUCGGGCAGCUCUUGAGCUAACUGCCGUCCUCCUUCCAGUGUGGCUCCCAGAAGUGCACACGGGACUCUCCAGGUGGGGGCUGACCAGGGCAGAGGAGAGCAGGUGUAGCCCACGCCUCCUUGUUGCUGGAUGUUGUGCUCCAGAUGGCAUGCGUGGGGCUGGCUCCUGUGUGUCCGAAGGCCGGGAAGGCCCCAGACUGGCUUCACUGUGCAGCUGGUGGGGAGGUGAUUGACUUCCCCUGGAUCCCCUUGAAUCUCAUCUUCUAGAUUCAGUCCCACUGUCGGCUACUGUGUGACUGCUGCACCCAGAUUUGGGGCAGCUGCGCUUGGGUGACUUGGCCAUCUCUGCCUUUAAUAUUCAAGUCAUUGGUAGGACGAUUAAGCCACAGUUGGGUGGGGUGGAGUGCAGAGCAUGUGGGUGUGUCAGAGGGUUAGGGUUCAAAUUCCACAUCAGAGAAUUGGCUUUUCUUGUGACCUUGGGCAAGUCACUAACCCUCCCUGAGCCUCAGCUUCCAUAAAAAACAACCGGGAAAGGUUGUACUAUAAGGCCACUGACCCCCACGCUCAGUAGAGCCCUCCUGAGUGACACGGCCAUCCAUUCACGCCUUGUCUUUGGUUCCAGCCAGUUAGCUGUCAGGUGGCAUCCUCGUUGGACACACUCUCUUCUAACCCACAUUCUUUGUCCAAGUCUUGAUAAGCUUCAUAGCUCUGUCCACAAAGGAGAGGUCAGUGAGACCCGAUUUCUUUGGGGGGAGGCUGGCCCGUGCUCGGUGGUUCUUCAAGACCACCUGUCCCCCCUGGCGUUUGCCAGUGCCUCAGGGUCAUCCAUCUGCUCUUCCCUCAGCAGAUCCAUCGACCUUGCUUAUGGUACCCAAGGAUGUUGUUUCUGGGGAGUGGGGGGCUUGGCCUUCUCAAGGACAGUCAUCUCCAUCCUGGCUGGCAGUGCCUCUCAGCCAGGUGUCUCUGCUUUCCCCUCUGCCUGACUCCAGGAGAAGUUGAGCCUCUCUCGUGUGUGUCUGUGUCUGUGUGUCUGUGUGUCCAUCCCCAGCACUGAACCUCACCCAUCUGGAUCCUUUCUCAAUCCUCUUCUCUAAAACAGCUGUCAGAAGAGCUCCCCUUGUGGGUACCUGUCUGCCUCCCCCCACCACGUUCUGAGCUUUAGUAUAGUCUUAUACAAUUAAGCCCCGGCCUCCUAGUCAUCUCUAGGUAUUUGUUCUGAUGUACGUUCAUUACCUUCAUUUAAACAGGGCUCGCCAAACUGCAGCCCUCAGGUCUGUGAGAAGACUUGAUGUUUUAUUUAAAAAUGCAAGGAAGGAAAUGGGCCGGACACUGUGCCGAGCCCUUUUCAAUGAUCAUUUCAUUUGACACUCAGCAUUUCCUAGAGGACGCUGCUAUUAUUUUCCCUGUUCUACACAUGGAGAAAACGGAGGCAGAGGUGAAGUGACUUGGCCAGGGGUGCUCUAUGCACUGGGACACCCCCUAGGUGCCAUGGGGUUAAAGCCCUCAUUCAAGCGUAAGGCUUUUAUACACAUGGACUGAAGAAGUCCCGUGUCAUCUGCACAGACUUCUUCAGGCAGCCCCCCCCCCCUUUUCUCUUUGUCUUCAGUCUCCUUAGACCAUUGGGUCCUCACCAUCCUUCCUUGGACACCUUGGAAACCCCCCCAAACCAGGGUGGCCCAUGAGGCUGGUCCUAGCUGCCCUGCAGGGCCCCCUCAGGGAGGUUCUAGUCUGCCCUGAGGACAACUCCUGGGCCAGCAGAGCUGAAGUGAUGCUGCCCUACCUCUCCUCCCGGUAACUGCUCUUCCCUUUGGGUGUCAGGCACGUUGAGGUCCCAGUCAGCGCCUUGCCUUGUUCUCUCCAGCUCUGGAGCUUCCCUCCCUGUGCUUUGGGUGUUUGGGUGUAGACAGGUGAGGCCAGUCAGUUACUACUGUGGCUGUCUACACAGAUGUCCUCAUUGUAGCAGCUCAGGGUCUAGGACUUGGAGCCAGAAGCCUGUGCCUGGGCAGGUUUUCCCUCCUAGCUUUCUGUCUGAAGGAAACCUUCCUGUGUUGUGCCGAAAGCCAGCCAGAUGUUCAUCAGACAGGCCAGGAACCCCUCUCUCCCCGCUGUUCUGAUUGGGGGCGUGCUGUAGGUUUUCCACUGCCAGCCUGCUCAGAAGGAGCCCUGAGGCAGAAUUUGGCUGGGAAAUGAAAUUCUCUUUCUCAACCAAGUCUUCCCAUCACCAGCUUACUUCCUAGGAAGACAAUUGGACCUGCCCCAGGUUCAGAUUGUAGCACUUAGAACUGGGGUGGGGGGGAUCUUAUAGGAACAUCUAGUCUAAUGGCCUCCUUUUAUUGAUGAGACCCGGGACAUCAGGGAAGGGAGUACCCAAGGUCCUUCAAAGAGCAGAACUCAAGAUUUGAACCCAGAUCUUCUGACUUUAAAGCCAGUGCUUCUGGGGCCAGGCAGCCCAGAUAGUGCUUGGAGGGCAUGCUGCCAAGGCCACAGCUGGGGAGCAGGGCAGGGCUGGCAAAGUGUUUUCCUCCAUGGAGCUGCCCUUCCAAUCCUAAUCUGGGGCCUUCUCGGUGCCCUCGACCUGUGUCAGCUGUUUCUGUUGCUUCCUUGUGAGUGAACGUAUGUGGUCUGCACUCUGUAGCUGGCUGCCUGGUUGUUCCUGGUGUGCAUGUAUGUGUAUGUGUGUACACAUGUGUGUGCGCGGGAACUCUUCCUCCUGCUCUGUAGGUAGCUUGUUUCUCUUUCCCUGUGUCGUCCUCCCAGCUCCACAGCCAGAGCUGUGCUCCCCUCUCUGGGGGCCGGGAGCCUUGGACUCCUGGUCCCUUAGCUAUCUGUUUUUGUCUUUGCCCCCUCACUUUCCCCUACCUCCCUGCACAGGUAAGUGGGGGUGAAGGGGGGUUGGUGGACAGUGGCUUUCCCGUCUUCCCUGGCCCACAAUGCUCUGGUGGGGAGGUCAUUCUGAGGGGCUCGUCUGAGCUCACAUCCCUGGCCUUGGAUGCAUUGGGUCCCUCAGCUGGGACGGGGGGAGGGGGUUGGGUGAUGACUACCAAUUUCUGGGGGUCCCUGGGCCCCAUCUCUUCCCCCCACCCUUCAUCCAUGUCUCCUCUUGUCUCCAUAGCUUCCGCCCGGCGCUGCCCGUCUCCUUCGUGCAGGGGGAGCUGGCCUUCGAGGGCGAGGCCGCCUGCCGAGCCUUUCUGGCCCCCUUGGGCCUGGGCUACGUGGGGCCCGACAACACCAGCAUCGACUGCCGGCUCAGCGUGGC